AUGCCGGAGCCUGUCCGGUUCAUGGGUCAAGCUCCUACCAACGCCAGUGAGGAUGAGAACGACAUAGAUGGGGAGUACGAAGAAGACGAUAUGACGUAUGAUCAAGUAGGUCAGGCGAGCAACCGGGACGAGGGACCGAACGACGCGGAAGACUCAGAUCUGGACGCUGAGGGCGAAGAAAUUGAUGAUGAGGAGGAUCAUGUUGGCGCUGUAAAGGUGCCAGAAGGAACAGACGCACUGUCCGAGGAAGACGAGGAGAACGAUGUCGACGAUCUAAGCGCAGUGGACACUGCUUCAGAUGCCAAGACCAGUGAGGCCGGAGAAUCGGUAGAUGGCAGUUCCGAGUCGUCUGAGGCGGAGAAUGACUGGCAGGGCGAGAGCGAAGAUGGCGAGGAUUCCGGAGAAGAGCAUGAAAGCUCGAAUGAUUGCACGUUUUGCGGCAAUGACGAAGAAAAUGAUCCGAGCGAGGAAUUCGAAGAGUAUCUUACCUGCAGAGACUGCGGAGAUCAUGCUCAUCGGCAAUGCGCCCGAAACGCUAAUACGCUUAGCUCCGACGAAGAUGCUCAAGACUGGCGGUGCCUGGCGUGCCUACAGAACGCCAAGCUCAGUGGAGCCCAGGACUCUGAAGUAUCCCCAUCGGGAAGUAGAGUAUCAACGGUCCCUAAACUGGCUCGAGAUCUGCUGCCCUCUCAGCGUGGCGCAGGUCCUGCCAGUCACUCUAUGUUCAACCAUCUAAUUCUCCCUGACGACCCUCUAGACGGGUCGCGUUCUUUACGGAAACGGAAGUCUUCGCUGGAUGACGAGGAACAUUCAGUGAGGCAGACCAGGAAGAAGCGGCGAUCAUCUGAAUUUUCCAGGUCGGAGGCAGGCGCUGCCUCGCUUAGGAAUGCCACGGGCACUGAUAAUGACACUGACGGUGAAGGCAUCCACCCUUCCGCUUCAGAACACGGGUCCCUGCGCCUUCGUUCGACACGCUCACGCCAAACGCAGCCCAAGCGGACUGAUAAACGGCCAUUGGUCUGGAUCGAGGAGGAGUCGGGGCUUGGGCCGCUCAGUUUGGUGGUCGUCUUUCACCUCAAUAACGAGAAGGUGCAGAAGAUCGUUACUGCCAAGCCUAAGAAAAAGAUAGUCGAUCCGCGCCUGGAAGCGCGACGCGAGAGGGACAGAGAGCGCCGUGACAGAAACAGGAGGGCUACUCAGCAGCAGCCAGCGUCGCCAGAGUUCUCGCACUAUCCUUCCAUCCAAACGUAUCCCGUUGCGCCGUUCUACGGCUUUGUGGAGAAGGAAAUGGAUGAGAGCAAAAACAAGCCCUACGGUGGCAUACUGUCUGAGGCCGAGGCCGACACAUCGAAAACUUAUCCUACACAAGCUGACAGGAAGCGGUUUGAGGACGCGCGUCUCAAGGCAGAAGAGGACUGGAAGCAGAAACAGGCUCGCGAGGAGCCACAGCCAAAAGCUUCGAAAUCGGUACCCAGCAAAAUCAAGUGCAUCAACUUCGGAGGUUGGGAGAUUGAUACCUGGCAUGCUGCACCAUAUCCUGAGGAAUACAGCAAGAACCGGAUUCUGUACAUUUGUGAAUUCUGUCUCAAGUACAUGGCCUCUGAUUAUGUGGCUUGGCGACAUAAGCUCAAGUGUCCCGCCAAGCAUCCUCCGGGAGACGAAAUAUACCGCGAUGGAAAAUACUCGUUCUUCGAAGUCGACGGCCGGAAGAAUCCGGUGUAUUGCCAGAAUCUCUGCCUUCUUGCUAAGUUAUUCCUCGGUUCCAAAACCCUCUACUACGACGUGGAACCUUUCCUCUUCUACGUCAUGACCGAGAACGACAGCUAUGGCUGUCACUUCGUGGGCUAUUUCUCCAAGGAAAAGCGUUCGAGUUCGAUGAACAACGUUUCCUGCAUCCUUGUGCUCCCCAUCCACAUGCGCAAAGGGUACGGACAGUAUCUGAUCGAAUUUUCCUACCUUCUUACCCGCAAAGAGAAGAAGACGGGGAGUCCUGAGAAGCCACUAAGCGAUAUGGGUUUGGUUAGCUAUCGCAAAUAUUGGAGACUAGUCUUAUGCGAAGAACUGCUCCAUCAGAAAGGACCCAUCAGUAUCGCGGCGAUAUCGGAGAGGACGGGAAUGACGCCCGAUGACAUUGUCUCCGCACUAGAAGGGUUGCGCGCAUUGGUCCGGGAUCCUGUAACGAAGACGUACGCUCUUCGUCUGGACUACGCCUACUUCAGACAGUACAUCGAGAAAUGCAACGCGAACAACAACCCAAAGAUCAAACCCGAAUGCCUGGUCUGGACACCCUAUGUGCAGGGACGCCUGGGGCAGUACGAGGACGGUCCAGCGAUGCAUACGGUGCAGCAGCGAGACGAGCCUCUUGAAGAGGCGAAACCUGCUAUGGAGGAAGAGACUCGGCAACUGAAACUUGCUGAAGGCAAAAAUGGCGUGUCCAAAGAAACUCUCAACAACAGUAAAUCGGCUGUCAAAGCGGCCGAUGAACAGAAUUCAUCCGCCGUGGUCGGCAAACCAUUUGGAAAUGGGGAAUCGCCAGCACCUUCCACUCCCUUGGCGAACGGCUCGACAUCCACUGCAGGGGAGUCCGAGCCUGGAGUCACUGCUAUACCACCUACGAGAUACGAAAUCUUCCCACCGGUACCAGGAUUGCCGUCAGCGAAGCGUAGGCCAGGUCGUCCCUUUGGUUCUCGCCGCCGGACCAGUACACCCAACCGUUCUCGCCAGAGGCCACUGUCGAUCACCACCGCACCCGUUCCAAGAAUGCAACUUUCGCCCAACAAGAACGGAAAUGGUGCGGUGUCUCCUUCGGUAAACGCUUCCACCACCGCUGGCAUCAACCUUAGGCGCACGAGGAGUCAACUUGGGAAGAGCGUGAUCAACGGCAUCAACGGUGACGAUAGCGGUGAUGGCGGAGCAGUAAAGCCAAUGAAUGGUAUUGUCACGAGGCGUACGAGGAGUUAUACUGGCAGCCCACGGGACGUGGUUGGCUUCAAGGGAAAGGGCGGUGCCAUUCAGGGCGGACAGAGUGCCGUGGAUGAUGAAGCCGGCAGCGAUCUAGACGCAGAUGGUGAGCUAGACGAUAUCGAUGCGGAAGGAGAAGAGGAUGACAUGGCGGAUGUAAUGAUGGCCAACGCGUGA